AACUUCGAAACUUCCUAAUUCCUAAGUUCAUCAUUAUUGUAGUUAUGUCCGUCAGUCCGUGAGUCCGUCUGUUUCGUCAUUUCGUCUCGCUCUUUGAACACAUAAGUUUUCGUCCUCGCUUUUCUAAUUCCUGAAAUGGUUCAGACUUGUCUUUGCAGAGGUAUUUGUUCUUAGAAGCAGCAGGAAUUCGCGAUGAAUCACCAACACGGUCUUAUUGUUAAGAAAUGUAUUUUCUUAUUGUCUUAAAUGUUCCUGUCAACUUUUUGUAGUUCUUUUAUUUAUAACAAUAUUUAUAAAUAAGUGAAUGUAGUGUUUGAAUAUUAUGAAAAAUAGGACUAAGUGCAAGGACAAUACAUCCCGAACUGCUUGAAAAAAUGACCAUUUUGUAUCAAAGCAAGAUGUGCAACUCAGAACGAGAGGAACGUGAUGAAGUAGAUAGGAUACCAUCCAAAGAUCGAGCUACAAAUUGGGAUGUUGCAGGUUUCGUUUUUUCCAUCAUCAGCCACAUAGCAGAUGUAUUCUUUGACUGUAACGUAGCAUACAGAUAUUAUGCCAACAAACAAUUAGCCUAUUUCUUUGCUACUUUAGCCUUCAUUAUCGUACCUGCUAUCAUCAACACAGCUUUCAGUGUGAGAAUGUAUGUGCUAGACCCAGGGAACGCAAAUACAAGCACGAAUUUAACCAAAAGAUUCACUAGGAAAGGAAUGUGUAUACUAUUUGUUCUGAUAUUUCAAUUGGCACCUAUCCUAAGGUAUUUCGAUGCCUUAAAAUAUGCCUUAAGAUCUCAGAAGGCGGAGAAAAAUCACGAUGUAGAGAACCAAAGGAAAUAUUAUGAACUUAUGGUCAAAGAAGAUUCAGAUGUAGCUUUGUUGAGAGUGUUAGAAUGUUUUUUGGAGGCUGCCCCACAACUUAUACUGCAGUUAGCCAUUAUAUUCCAGAGCCAUGGAAGAGAAAUGGAAGGGAAGAAUACAUUUACUAUUGUCCAUCAACUUUUGUCUAUAGGCAGUUCCUUUGUGAGCAUGGCUUGGGCAAUGGCAUCCUACCAAAGACUGCUGAGGGUGUCGCUGAAAACCAAAAACAAUGUUUCCUGGGCGGGAACCUUCGUACACUUCAUGUGGCACUUCUUAGUUACCGUGUCAAGAAUCCUUUGUAUCAGUGUGAUAGCCUCUAUAUACCCUACGGAGACCAUUUUGAUUAUUAUAGGACACUGGUUUCUGAUGACGUUAUGGUUGGCCUGUAGCAGCGGAACAAACGAUUUUUGUAAUCAGAACUCAAUGUACGACUUUCUGUUCUACUGUAUUUUGGGCGCCGUCUAUAUAUUUACACACGUAGUUUUGGUGGCGGGUCCCACUUGCUGUAAAUACGUAAUCUUCUACUGCGUCCUGUUCGCCGAAAACACCAUAGCCAACGUGGUCUGGAUCGUCAGUGCCGAUGAAGAAUUGCGGGAAAAAGUCUACUAUCUACCCAUCAUACUCCUGAACGUCAUUCCGUUUUUCCUCGGUCUAAUUUUCAUGUUACUGUACUACAAAGUUUUCCAUCCGAAUCUAAAUACAGGAUAUAAGCCACAAAGGACUGCAGUCGUCACUCCAGAAUCUCCCACUAGCUAGUAUUUGUACUAGUUGGCUGCUGCUGCUAGUGGUUUUUGUUGGAGCAUGUAACGAAAACCUCGCUGGUAUUGGUUGGUAGAGGAAAUGCCGUUUGAGGAAUGGAAGAAACGAGCAUUUUCUCAAGAAUGUUACAGUCUUGCUGAAGAAGCAUACACAUGUUCCUAGAUCGUGUAGGUACAUCAACAUACGCAUUAAAGAACAAAUUCGGUUAUCUAUAUAUUCACUUUCAUCUGAAGUGUAUAUUACAUCAUCACUACUAUAGGUUCUGUACUUACAUAUAUACCUGAUACAAUGUGUCCAUUUCCAGUCUAGAACCAGUACAACAUGAUGAAUGGCAAAGCUGUGAUUUAACGUUUGUUUUUUGGUAGAAUCACUCAAACGCUCAUCAACCAGUGAUUUUUCUAUGUAAUUAUAUUGUUUCUAACACUAUUAUAACCAGUGCGAUUGUACAGGAUGAUCAACUUAUACUGCGGAGCUGCUUAUCUCCGUCAUUAUAUAUCAGAAACCCUUUAUAUUUGUAUUUUAAUUCUCAUUUAAUUUUGAUACGAAAAUAUUUAAAAAAAAAGAAAGAAAAUUAAAGUAGUAUGUAUUUUAAAAUUUGGAUAACUGGAGGCAACUUGCGCAAAGUAGAUGGUAAUUGUGAUAAAUUUUGCAUAGAAUAACAGCUAAAGAUAUUUUGAAAGUGAAUAUAUAAAUAAUCAUAUCGAUGAGCAUGAAAUGACAGCUAUUACUCAAUAUUAGGUACAAGAUUCUACCGGUGUUAUUGUUAUAAUUUUUCUAGAAGAAACAAUCCAUGAUGUUAUGAAAUUUAUAAUGUCUCUAUGUUAUAAUAUGUUGUAAAUAAUACUGGUGGAAAGUUAAAAAAUAAUCUAGUAAUUAUUGUAAUAUGUAAGCUUUGGAAUGAUAUUUCUCGUUUAGUCAUUGAUACUUUCAUGAUUGAAAAUGAUUUAUUUUAUUGAUUAUAUACUAUAAUAUUACAUUAUUGUUGUUAACUAAUAUAUUGCGGCAAGUAAUGAAAAUCAAUUGACAUCAUUAAUUAAAAUAAAAAAUUAAGGAUGUUAUUUGUAGAGUAAACAAGAAAUAAGUAAUGAUGCCUAACCUUUCAAUUAUUUAUCAAAACAUGGUGGCUGCGCAUGCGCUCGUCACAAAAUAGAAAGAUUACCCAUGACCGAUCACAUCAAUCACUUAUUUUGUAUUUACUGUCUUUUUCUAUAAAUAACAAACGUUUGUUAUAGAAAAAGACAGCAAAUACAAAAUAAGUGAAAGAUUACCCAUGAACGAUCACAUCAAUCACUUAUUUUGUAUUUGCUGUCUUUUUCUAUAAAUAGGGCUUUUCAUCGAUUGUCAUUUGUUUCGAGCUUCUGUCAUGUGUCACAUAAUAUUAAUAUAUCUACAUCAUA